AUGAAGUCGCAGGCAGCUCACGGAAGUGUCGCUCGGUUCCUGCGCAACCACUCUGACCUUGUCCACACUCCGUCCCCUUCCGUCCCACACACGCACUCCCCUCCCGUCUCCUUCGCGCUCGCUCCAUUGUCGCACACGCGCGCUCUGUUUUCUCGCGGAUUACAAUUCCCUCCCGUCGCCCACGCGGGAGCGCCGAGACCGAUCACGCAUACUCCCUUCCGUCACCCACGCUCACUUCGUUACCGCCGCAGACGCGCAAUCUCUUCCGUCGCCCCCGCGCACUCCGUCAGUUACCUCGGCCCACGCGCACUCCCUUCCGUUGCCCACUCUCAAGACCUUCCCGUCGCCCACGCUCACACCCUUCCCAUCGCCUACGCGCAAUCGUUCCGUCGCCCACUCUCAAUCACUUCCCUCGCCCACGCUCGCUCCCUUCCCGUCGCCCACACUCCCUUUCCAUCGCCUUCGCGCAAUCCUUACAUCGCACACGCUCACCCCCGCUCGUCGCACACGGCCAAUUCCCUCUCGUCGCACGCUGCCGCCCGCGCCGCACUCUCCCUUUCAAUCUCCUCCCGCCGUCCACGCUCACUCCACUGCCGUCACACACGCACGCACCCUCCCCUCGACGGAGAGGGGGUGCUCCGCUUCCCUCGCAUAUGCGUUCAUCUCCCCAUCCCUCAUCUCCCCAUCCCUCAUCUCCCCGUCCCUCAUCUCCCCGUCCCUCAUCUCCCCGUCCCUCAUCUCCCCGUCCCUCAUCUCCCCAUCCCUCACCCCCCCAUCCCUCAUCUCCCCAUCCCUCACCUCUCCGGUCUUCCUCUCCCUCUCCCCUCUCCUCUCCCUCCUCCCUUUCCACUCGCCCCGCCACUCCCGCCGUGCUUCUCCCUCCCCCCAUUCCGCCUCGCCCCAUUCCGCCCCACCCCAUUCCGCCCCAUCCCAUUCCGCCUGACCUCAUUCCGCCCCACCCCAUUCCGCCUCACCCCAUUCCUCCUCUCCCCAUCCCCUCCUCAUUUUACCCCCUCUUCUCCCCUUCCCCACCUCAUCCCAUCUCCUCCUCUUUCCGUCCACCCCUCCUCACCCCAUCUCCUCCUCUUUCCAUCCAGGCAUCCUCACCCCAUUCCGCCUCACCCCAUUCCGCCUCCCGUCCUCUCCCCAUCCCCUCCUCUUACUAUCCCUCCUCUCCCUGUCUCUCCUCUCCCCAUCCCUCCUCUUAUUAUCCCUCCUCUUACCAUCCCUCCUCUUACCAUCCCUCCUCUCCCCAUCCCUCCUCUCCCUAUUUGUCCUCUCCCCAUCCGUCCUCUGUUCGGACUCCUCGCAGGGAAAGAAGGGGAAAGGGAGGAAAGUGCACCCAUGCUACGUCUAUCCCCUCACCCCGCCCUGUCCUAUCCCCUCACCCCGCCCUGUCCUAUCCCCUCCCCUCCCCCUCCCGUCCUCUCCCCAUCCCCUCCUCUUCCAAACCCAUCCCUCCUCAUCACAUCUCUCCUCUUUCCAUCCAUCCUCUCCCCAUCCCUCCUCUCCCCAUCCGUCUUGUCCCCAUCCCCUCCUCUCCCCCUCCGCUCCAGGUGUUUCCUCCCAUCAUCACUUCCUCCCAUCACCACUUCCUCCCAUCACCACUUCCUCCCAUCAUCACUUCCUCCCAUCACCACUUCGUCCCAUCAUCACUUCCUCCCAUCAUCACUUCCUCCCAUCACCACUUCCUCCCAUCAUCACUUCCUCCCAUCAUCACUUCCUCCCAUCACCACUUCCUCCCAUCACCACUUCCUCCCAUCACCACUUCCUCCCAUCAUCACUUCCUCCCAUCACCACUUCCUCCCAUCAUCACUUCCUCCCAAGCAAAGCAUAGACUAG